AUGAUGUUCUCAGGCUUCAAUGCGGACUACGAGGCGUCCUCGUCCCGCUGUAGCAGCGCCUCCCCGGCCGGGGACAGCCUCUCUUACUACCACUCGCCGGCCGACUCCUUCUCCAGCAUGGGCUCUCCUGUCAACGCGCAGGACUUUUGCACGGAUCUGGCGUCCUCCAGUGCCAACUUCAUCCCGACUGUGACUGCCAUCUCCACCAGCCCGGACCUGCAGUGGCUGGUGCAGCCCGCUCUCGUCUCCUCGGUGGCUCCGUCCCAGAGCAGAGCCCACCACCCCUACGGGGUCCCCGCCCCCUCGGCGGGGGCUUACUCCAGGGCCGGGGUCAUGAAGGCUGUGACAGGAGGCAGAGCUCAGAGCAUUGGCAGGAGGGGCAAGGUGGAACAGUUGUCCCCAGAAGAAGAAGAGAAAAGGCGCAUCCGAAGGGAAAGGAAUAAGAUGGCUGCAGCCAAAUGCCGAAAUCGCAGGAGGGAGCUGACGGACACACUCCAAGCGGAGACAGACCAACUAGAGGACGAGAAGUCUGCUUUGCAGACCGAGAUUGCCAACCUGCUGAAGGAGAAGGAGAAACUAGAGUUCAUCCUGGCAGCUCACCGGCCUGCCUGCAAGAUCCCCCAUGACCUGAGCUUCCCGGAAGAGAUGUCUGGGGCUCCCCUGGAUCUGAAUGGAGGCCUGCCUGAGGCCGCCACCCCUGAGUCUGAGGAGGCCUUUGCCUUGCCCCUCCUCAAUGACCCUGAACCCAAGCCUGCGGUGGAGCCCGUCAAAAACAUGCAAAACAUGAGCAGCGUGGAGCUGAAGGCUGAGCCUUUUGAUGACUUCCUGUUCCCGGCAUCGUCCAGGCCCAGCGGCUCGGAGACCUCCCGCUCUGUGCCAGACAUGGACCUGUCUGGCUCCUUCUAUGCAGCAGACUGGGAGCCCCUGCACGGUGGCUCCCUGGGGAUGGGGCCCUUGGCCGCAGAGCUGGAGCCCCUGUGCACCCCAGUGGUCACCUGCACUCCCAGCUGCACUACCUACACGUCUUCCUUUGUCUUCACCUACCCCGAGGCUGACUCCUUCCCCAGCUGUGCGGCUGCCCACCGCAAGGGCAGCAGCAGCAACGAGCCCUCCUCUGAUUCGCUCAGCUCGCCCACGCUGCUGGCCCUGUGA